AGAGCAUGCGCGGGGCGGGCGCGAGCGAAAUUCAAGCUCGAAGCUGCCGCCGAGGUACCUGGUACCAAAUCCGAGGGUCAUGGAGGCCUCCCAAAAGUUUGCGGAAGCCGAGGCCUUGAGCCCAGGGCAGGUUGCUCUUUACCAGAGCUAUGUGAAAGCGGCCAAAGAAGCAACUAAGAAUGGAGAUCUGGAAGGAGCACUUAAACUUUUUAAUCUGGCAAAGGACAUUUUUCCCAAUGAAAAGGUGAUGAGCAGAAUCCAAAAAAUACAGGAAGCCUUGGAGGAGUUGGCAGAACAUGGAGAUGAUGAAUUUACAGAUGUGUGCGACUCUGGCCUAUUGCUUUACCGAGAACUGCACGACCAACUCUUUGAGCACCAGAAGGAAGGUGUCGCUUUCCUCUAUAACCUGUACAGGGAUGGAAGAAAAGGUGGUAUCUUGGCAGACGACAUGGGAUUAGGGAAGACCGUUCAAAUCAUUGCUUUCCUUUCUGGUAUGUUUGAUGCUUCACUUGUGAAUCAUGUGCUGCUGAUCAUGCCAACCAAUCUUAUUAACACAUGGGUGAAAGAAUUUGUCAAGUGGACUCCAGGAAUGAGAGUCAAAACCUUUCAUGGUCCUAGCAAGGAUGAACGUACCAGAAACCUCACACGGAUCCAGCAAAGGAAUGGCGUCAUUAUCACUACGUACCAAAUGUUAAUCAAUAAUUGGCAGCAACUUUCAAGCUUUAAUGGCCAAGAGUUUGUGUGGGACUAUGUCAUCCUUGAUGAAGCACAUAAAAUAAAAACCUCAUCUACUAAGUCUGCGAUAUGUGCUCGUGCUGUUCCUGCAAGUCAUCGUCUCCUCCUCACAGGAACCCCGAUCCAGAACAAUUUGCAAGAACUCUGGUCCCUAUUUGAUUUUGCCUGUCAAGGGUCCCUGCUAGGAACAUUAAAAACUUUCAAAAUGGAGUAUGAAAAUCCUAUUACUAGAGCAAGAGAGAAGGAUGCCACCCCAGGGGAAAAAGCCUUGGGAUAUAAAAUAUCUGAAAACUUAAUGGCAAUCAUAAAACCCUAUUUUCUCAGGAGGACUAAAGAAGAAGUACAAAAGAAAAAGUCAAGCAACGCAGAGGUCAGACUUAGUGAAACGAAUGCAGAUGUUGAUGCCACUUGUGAAAUGCCUUCCUUUUCCAGGAAAAAUGAUUUAAUAAUUUGGAUACGUCUUGUACCUUUACAAGAAGAAAUAUACAGGAAAUUUGUAUCUUUAGAUCAUAUCAAGGAGUUGUUAAUGGAGACACGCUCACCGUUGGCUGAGCUAGGUGUCUUAAAGAAGCUGUGUGAUCACCCCAGGCUGCUGUCUGCCCGGGCUUGUCAUUUGCUGAAUCUAGGGACUGUCAAAUUCUCUGCUCAAGAUGGAAAUGAGGGGGAAGAUUCCCCAGACAUGGAUCAUAUUGAUCAAAUAACUGAUGAUACACUGAUGGAAGAAUCUGGAAAAAUGAUAUUCUUAAUGGACCUGCUGAAGAGAUUGCGAGAUGAGGGGCAUCAAACUCUGGUGUUUUCCCAAUCAAGGCAAAUUCUAAACAUCAUCGAACGCCUCUUAAAGAAUAGGCACUUUAAGAUAUUGCGAAUCGAUGGGACAAUUACUCAUCUUUUGGAACGAGAAAAGAGAAUUAACUUAUUUCAGCAAAAUAAAGAUUACUCUGUUUUCCUGCUUACCACUCAAGUAGGUGGUGUUGGUUUAACAUUAACUGCAGCAACAAGAGUGGUCAUUUUUGACCCUAGCUGGAAUCCUGCAACUGAUGCUCAAGCUGUGGAUAGAGUUUACCGGAUUGGACAAAAAGAAAAUGUGGUGGUUUAUAGGCUAAUCACUUGUGGGACUGUAGAGGAAAAAAUAUAUAGAAGACAGGUGUUCAAGGACUCAUUAAUAAGACAAACUACCGGUGAAAAGAAGAACCCUUUCCGAUAUUUUAGUAAACAAGAAUUGAGAGAGCUCUUUACAAUCGAGGAUCUUCAGAACUCUGUAACCCAGCUGCAGCUUCAGUCUCUGCACGCUGCUCAGAGGAGAUCUGAUAAGAAACUAGAUGAACAUAUUGCCUACCUGCACUCUUUGGGGAUAGCUGGAAUCUCAGACCAUGAUUUGAUGUACACACGUGAUCUCUCUGUUAAAGAAGAGCUUGAUGUGAUAGAAGAGUCUCACUAUAUUCAACAAAGGGUUCAGAAAGCUCAAUUCCUUGUUGAAUUAGAGUCUCAAAAUACAGAGCUCCUGAUGGAACAACAAAGAGCUAGAAAUGAGGGGCUGAGAGAACCUGUGUUCCCUUCUCAAGCAAAGAAAAAAUGCCCUAAAUUGAAUAAUCCACAGCCUCAGCCUUCACCUCUUAUAACUACUCAUCAUACCCAGGAAGAAUAUAUCACUUCCCAAAUGUCAGAUUUAAUCAUUGAUGAUCUGCCCCAAGAGGGUGAGAAAGAAGAUCUCUCCAGUAUCAAGACAAACUUUACCAUUCUGCAAGAUGGUAGGCACCCAGGCAAAAGUUCGUUUGAUGCUGAUUCUAUAGCUGUUUUACCUAAGGGGUUCGGAAGUUUAGAAGAAACUCGGAAUGACUCUUUAUCGGGAAUGACAAGAAGCUUUGCAACUGAAAAGGAAGCUCUACAAAAAGAGGCAUCGCAAGAGGGGCCUACCCAGGAGGCACUGCAAGAGAACCCUCUGGGAAGUUUUAAUUAUUUACUUAGCAAAUCAGUCAAAGCUGAUCCCAAGCCAAAUCUAGAUCAACUAAAGGAUGAUGAGAUUUUACAUCACUGCAAUCCUUGGCCCAUUAAUUCCAUAACAAAUGAAAAUCAAAAUACAGAAUCAAGUGUAUCCGUUAUUGAAAUAGCUGAUGACUUGUCAGUAUCCCAUGGUGCACCGCAGGACGCUCAAGCAAAUGAGGCCAAGUUGGAAGAGGAACCUUCUGUAUCUUCACCACAGUAUGUUUGUGAUUUCAAUCUUUUCUUGGAAGACUCUGCAGACAAUGGAAAAAAUCCUUCCAGUCAGUCUUUAAAGCCUGUGGAGAAAGAAAAUAGCUUGCAUGGCUCUGCAGCUGAUUCCAGAGCAGAGUCUGUGCAUAGCAAACCACACCUCAGUUGGGACUCUUCUGAGAAAGACGAACCAGAAGAAGUAGUAGUUAAUGUGAAAAUCAGAAGUAAAGCUAGAAGGAUUAUUUCAGAUGAUGAAGAUGAAGAUACUUCUUUUAAAGGUACCUCAAGCACAAAUUCAUUUAACACAUCUCCCUUUCAGUUCUCAUCUAUGAAACAAUUUGAUGCUUCAACUCCCAAAAAUGACAUCAGUCCACCUGCAAGGUUCUUUUCUCCCCAAAUAUCCAAGAGUGUAAACAAGUCUAUAAACCCUAGAAGAUCUCUGGCUUCUAGGAGAUCUCUUAUUAAUAUGGCUUUAGACCAUGUGGAGGAUAUGGAAGAAAUACUUGGCAACAGCAGUGAAGCAAAGAGCGCUAAAGAUCACCCAGAAGAAGAGGCAGAGGAAAGCAGUGGGGAAGGCUCCGGGUGUACAGAGGAGGAUCAUUCCGGAGAAACACCGUCUUCAGAAAACAAGUCUAGCCAGUUAAUGAUGUCUCAGCCUAGUGCUUUAGCUCAGGAAACUUCUCCUGGUGAGCCUGAGCCUCCAUCUGGUGGUUCUCCCCAGGAUGAGGCGGUGGAGGCUGUGAAUGACUAUGAGACUCUUGUAAUGCGGGGAAAGGAACUGAAAGAGUGUGGAAAAAUACAGGAGGCCCUAAACUGCUUAGUUAAAGCACUUGACAUAAAAAGUGCAGAUCCUGAAGUCAUGCUCAUGACUUUAAGUUUGUAUAAGCAACUUAAUAACACUUGAAAAUGUAACCUAUUUAUGGUAUUUUAAAGUGAAACUGAAUAUGAGGUAACUUUUGUUUCCAUAAUUGGAUUCUUUGGGAGCGUGAAGCAUUCAGGCUUAAGGUGAGAAAGAUCUUAGAAAGCAACUUCUGCCUCUACCCUCUGGUUCCUGUCUCCCUGCCCCCUCUUACAUAUAUUCUGGUAUUCUAAGUACUAGCUUAGUAUUUUCUUCACUUGAAUAUUCUUAAAUUUUUCUUUUAGGCAUAUUCUAUAAACUUAACGACAUUAUUUCUAGAGAAGUUUUUGUAAAAUUACUGUGGCUUUCUUAGUUUUACCUAAAGUGAUCACCUUUGUAUAUCACAGUGCAGAUAAGAUAAUUAAAGUGACUUUUCUCAAGUGUUUUC